GUUGGUUGCCAAGGAAUUUAACCUCCGUUUCCUAAGCAUGCGCAGGAGCGACUAAUAUUAGCAGAAAAGGUCAUUUGAAUUCAUUGUAAACAGCUUCGCAAGCAGGAACUUCUGAUAGUAUAACUUUACUUAGUCACACGCCAACAUGAUCAAGGUGUCUGUUCGUCUUGAGUUYUUAACCCCUCCACCGAUCGGUCCCACACCACCCCCGGUAGAACCAGUGGGUUUAAYAGUCAAGGAACACACUAAUGCCUACGACAUUCUAACCCUCGCUGCUAAGGAGAACCCUGCCUAUAAAUUCACUACAAUCGAGCAGCAACCUUAUGGCCACUUUGUAACAUCCAUCGACGGCGUGUACGAGGAUAAGGUUAAUGGCAAAUACUGGAUGAUGUAUUCUGAUCCAGACACCUUGGCGCCCACUGGGAUUGACAACUUCUACCCAAAGGAUGGAUCUUGUACCAUCUUCAAGUAUCAAAUAGCGAAAAGUAACAUAGAACACUGAAAUAUCGAUCAGGCUUAUGGAAAUGGACUGAGAAAAUAAAACAAGCCCGCAAUUAUUUGAUGAUGAGCUAGCCACAACACGGUGUAUAAUUAGGUAUAAGAAAAAAGCUGAGUAACAAUGUAAACUAUGUAUGAUUAGUGAUUGACAUUUUUCAGGCUAAGAGAAGCACAUUUGUAAUGGCGUACAUAUCGUCAGGAAAUAGUUGACAAAUUAUAGAAUCAUUUCGUGCUAAAAAUAAAUCAUGAUAUUACGGUA